AGAUGGCUUUAGGUGGAGCGGGUCCCCCAAGAGGAAGUGCAGCUGCUGCUGCAGGCAUGCGCAGGAGGAGGACAAGCAGCGGUGGGGCUGCUUCAGGUGGUGCAGCUGGGACAAUGCUUCAAUUUUACACUGAUGAUGCUCCAGGACUCAAGAUCUCGCCGAAUGUUGUCCUUAUAAUGAGCAUUGGUUUCAUAGCUUUUGUUGCUGUUCUUCAUGUCAUGGGUAAGCUGUAUUUUGCCCGCUAAUAGGCUUGAAAGCGCACAACAGAAAAAUUAGUUUAUCCAGUGUUGCAGAUUUUAAAUGAACUAUCAUUUAGGUGAUGAGAGAUGAAUUGCUUCUUCUUUUUUUCCUUUUUAUGUAUGAAUCUUUAAAAUGGUUGACAUAAUUUACAGUUGGAUCUAAUUGAUGGGGAGGUUGCAAGGUU